AUGGGCUUGGCUGCUGUGCUGAGGUGGGCUGUGAACACUCUGCUGGGGACCCUGAUCUCCACUGUGUCUGCCAUCGUGCUGGGACCAAACAGACAGGCCAUAAAGGCAGGUUUAUACGGCUACAGUGGCACUCUGGUCUGCAUGCUGAUGGUUUUUGCUGCGAGGGGAAGGUGGUAGUGGUGGCUUUUACUGCCAAAUAUUCUCAUGCUAUGCCUGCCCUUUAAUAUUUUGGUUUGUCUACACAUUGCUGCUACAGGAGUCAGUCAUCCCUACUUUCCACAGCUGCUCCUGUCAGUGCCAGUCGGUGUGGGCCAGGUGUAUGGCUGUGACAGCCGCUGGACAGGGGGUCUUUUCCUUCUGGCCCUGCUGCUCUGCUCACCAGCUACCUGUCUUCACGCCACGCUGGGCUCUGCUGUUCUCCUCCACAUGGGGACAUUUUAUGUUUUGACAUGGUAGACCUAUCUACAAGCUCUAACCUGUGCUAUUUUCUGUGCAUACAUGACUUCAGCAAUCUCAAAAUUUGCAUUACCGGUACGCACUUGGCCUUUCUGCUUGUCGACUCUCAUCUUCGUCCUCGUCUCCACCAAGAUCCCAGCCAUCUGCAGACUGCCUCCGUCGGUGGUCUCCCACCCUAAAGAAAACCGGCACUGCUAUCGACAACUGGAAGCUUCAGAGGGGGAAAAAGACACUCGACAGCACAGCAGCCAAGAGAAGGCUCUGCUGUUCCCUGUGUAUCUGUCUGCCCGCAAGCCAGCCAGCCUGUCUUUCGGUCUAUCCAUCUGUCUGUCUGCUGAGUGUCUGGAGUACAACGGCACAUGGUCGUACCCAGCCAGGAUGACACAUACGAGACAGUCACACUCCCAGAAAUGUGGGAGCUGGAGCACAACUGGGGUGAAGGUGUGA